AUGCCCCAGCCAGUCCCUGACCAUGAGCGCGACCGCCCAGAGCGCCCUGCCGUCCUCGGCCACACUGCUACCCCCGGCGCUGUCCACACCCUCGAGGCCUGCAAACCAGAGGACGAAUCUCCCGACGGCCCAGCGACUGAGCGCGCCCGCCAUGGCCAGCAGAGCAGCGACGCCAUAGCCGCAGUCGAGCAAAAUCUUGAGCGCCUCGACGUUAUUGACCACCACCGCCCAGCCGAGCGACCGCGCGGCCGCGGGGACGUCGUACUCCCAGAUGACCAUGAGGAUGGGGAAGAGCUUGGUGGAGGAGCUCACGAGCAGGGCGGUCGAGACCGAGUUGGCGCGCGGGUAGGUCGGGAGGAUGCCGAAGAAGGCGAGGGGCGAGAAGGGGCUCGAGGUGAGGAAGCGGAUGGCGAGGUGGAAGGCCAGGGUGGAGAGGGAGCAGAGUAUCACUUGCGCACACCGUCCGUGUUAGUAAGGGACACACUCGUCUGGAGUUCGGGGAAAGUACGUACAGAAGAAUAUGUACUGAAAGACGAUGGGCUCCUGAGCGAAUCGCCCAAAGUUCCCUCCAUCUGCUAUAUCAGGGCCCGGGCCGGACUGUUUCUCGAUACGGGCCCAGGUAAGGUACACGUCGAAGAGAAGGAGGAGUAUGCCUAG